AUAUGGUGCGCGUCAUUGCACGUAGGUGACAAAACAAAUCUGGGGUGGAUAUAUAGUAAUGGAAGAGCUUUCAGAUAAAGAUUUUGUCAUUCCUCCAAUAAAAUAUGAAUAUUUGGAUCACACUGCAGAUGUACAAUUGCAUGCCUGGGGUGAUACUUUAGAGGAAGCUUUUGAGCAGUGUGCUAUAGCCAUGUUUGGAUAUAUGACGGAACUGGAAAAAGUAGAAAUAAAAGAAGUGCAUUCAGUGGAAGCUGAGGGACACGACAUUCAAAGCCUUCUCUUUCAUUUUUUGGACGAACUACUUUUUCUCUUCUGUGCGGAGCCUUUUUUAAUAGCAAGGACUGUCACCAUCACUGAGUUUGAUCGAAAGUGUUUUAAAAUUAAAGCACGGGCGGCUGGCGAAGAAUUCAGAAUAGGAAAACACAGUCAGGGAGCGGAGGUAAAAGCAAUCACCUACUCGUCUAUGCAGAUUCUUGACCAACCAGAAGCAGAAAGGCCGGAAGUUUUCGUGAUCGUAGACAUAUGAUCCCCAAGGAGACAAGAACAUACGCAACAAUAUUUAAAAAAAUGUAUAUAUAUAUAUAAAAUAUUCUAAAUACACAAACAAUAACUGGGGUUGGGGAGUGGGGUAACGUUAGGAUACUAAAUUAAAUGGGCGAUUGAUCAGAUAUGCCAUGAAAUCACAAUUUGUUGUAAUCUAACUAAAUAGUAUUUAGCUUAAGCUGAAAAUAAGCAUAUCAUUGGUUUUUCCGUACAACAUGAGCGACAUGAGCUUAUGAAGAAGUAGCAGUUGAAAAGAAACAUUUUCAAAUAUCUGAACUCUGGGUGCUAUAUAUACAGCUUUUUCAUCUGCUUCCUGGAAGGGGUCAAAUAAACUCAGAAUUCACCAAGAGAAAGUGGUUCCAUGUCAAGUUCCUCCCUUACCGAUUCCGAUUAACCAGUAAACGAUGGGGUUAAUGAAGUUGAUCUUUAGGCAUGUUUAAUAUCCAGUAGGACAGCAGAUCACAAGCUUCGUCUUCAAGAUUCAAAAACGUUAUCUUAUGUUUCUAAAUUGGGUUUUCGUAAAAUCAUUUUUAUAUACCGUAAAUUAAUUUUUAUAUAAAAUUAUGUGUGGAAUUAAUAUACAUGUAUAUUAAAGUCGGAAAAACAGAGUCGUGAAAACACCAAGUUCUUUGAUGCUAUCAAAUCUUGUCAAAUAUUUAAGAAUAAAGCAAUAACCUUAAAUUCGACAACUAAAUUCUUACUUGUAAUUAAAGUGCAACAUACAUAAUAAUAAUUUAUUCUAAACAAAAAGUUAUAUCAUGGCAUUCCGGUACAAGCUAAACACUUGGUU